AUGGCUUUUGUUUCCAACGGCUCUGAGUACGACUUCAUCGUUGUCGGCGGUGGUACCGCUGGCAAUGCAAUUGCUGGUCGCCUUGCUGAGAACCCCAACGUCCGCAUUCUGGUCGUUGAAGCCGGCAUUCCCAACCCUGAUCAGAUCGAGCAAAUUACGACCCCGUCGAAAGCUUUCACCCUUCGCGGAAGCAAGUACGACUGGGCGUACAAGACAACUAUGAUCAAGCGCGAUGAUUAUGAGCGUGUUGAAAAGCCUAACACUCGUGGAAAGGCUCUUGGUGGUAGUUCAUCCGCCAACUACUUCACCUGGAUUCCGGGCUCGAAGCCUACCUUUGACGACUGGGAGGCCUUCGGUGGCCAUGACUGGAAUUGGGAUUCCUGUGUGGAGUACCUCCGCAAAUGUGCCACCUACCAUGACGACGAGAAGCUGUAUCCGGCCGAACUGAGUAAGAUUGGAACCGGAGGCCCUCUGCAGAUCUCCCAUGCCGACUUGGUGCCGGAGAUGAAGCCGUUCCGUGAUGCACUCACUGAGGCCUGGGUUUCUAAGGGCCAGCCCCUAAGCGAGGAUAUCUACUCCGGCGAGAUGAAAGGUCUCACCCACUGUGUCGAUACCAUCCACCAGGGUGAGCGCCAGGGUAGCUUCCUUUACCUGAAGAAUAAGCCUAACGUGAUAAUCCUCUAUGGCGUUAACUCGAAGAAGCUGCUCAUUGACCCUGCCACACGCAUCUGCUCCGGUGUCACUGUGAUAAGUGAAGCUUCUGGUCACGAGAUCAGCGUCUACGCCCGCCGAGAAGUCAUUCUCUCUUAA